AAAUACAGGAAGUAGAAAGAAGAGAGGCUAAAAGCGGUUUUCUCUCACUUCAGUACUUAGUCCACUGUCCCCCUGGUACUACUGAGGCAGAAACUGGUAUUAAAUCGCCUCCCGCAACAGCUUCCCAGCAAUAAACCCUCAGGAUGCGGCGGCUUCGCCCAGGGAUGGGAAGGGAGUGCUGUCUGCACAAAGGAGAUCUAACGCCAUUCUGAAAGAGAAAGUCUCGCACCGUUCGCUGUAAUGAUGAAAACACCGGCCGAAGCGGAGGGGGCCUGGGGUCUCGCAGGUCCUGCCACAGAUCCUGGUGAAGAAGAUGAUGAUGAGACACGGCCAUCUCAGUCCAUCACUCUGCAAAACUGCCUUCCAGUGCCUGGCAUCUGUGUUCUUGAUAAACUCAUCAAAACAUGCCCAGUCUGGCUUCAGCUGAGCAUGAAUCAAGACAGGGCUGGAGAGAUACUCAGCAAAGAAGCAGCAGGGAUAUUCCUAGUUAGGAGAGAUGGUAACAUGAACAACAUGGUACUCUUGGUCCACUUCCCAGCCCAGAAUGCAGCUUCUGAUGUGCAGGAGUACAACAUUAAAGAAGAAAAAUCACUACUGUACCUGGAAGGAUCUGUUCUAGUGUUUGAGGACAUCUUCAAACUGGUAGCAUUCUACUGUGUCAGUAGGGAUUUGCUGCCCUUCACACUCAGGCUUCCCCAAGCAAUACUGGAGGCCAAUAGCUUUGCAGACCUCGAAACCAUUGCUAGCCUGGGGAUCGGUUUCUGGGACUCCUCUUUAAACCACAGAAGAACAGGUGGGGGGAUUUCCCAGCCUGUGAAAGACUCUGCCCUCAGAACUGCCCAGACGAACAAUCUAAGGUCUAGCCAACAGUUUGCAAGUAGCACAAACCACUGUUCAUGUGAAAUUGAGCUGUCAAUAGGAAAUGACAAGCUGUGGUUUGUGAAUCCUAUUUUUAUAGAGGAGUGCAGCAAUCCUCUUCCUCCGGAUGUACCUCCUUACAAGAGCUCCAGUGCAAGCGCUGAUCACUGUAGUGCAACCACACCAAAUCCUAAGAGGUCUCCUCACCGUCCCCCUCCACCUCCUUCUCUUCCUCACAGUCAAGUUCUGAAGCCACCUGAAAAGCUAUCUAAGGAUUCCAUGACUGCCUGUGAAGAGGACCAGCUGCUUCUUCAGCAACUGAGGAAGAGCACUAAGGAAAUGAAAAUUGAGGGCAGUAAAGAUAAGGAAGAAAAGGGAAAAGCACCCUACUCAUCCAGUGCCCCAUCAUCAGCCGUCCCUCAGAAAUGUGCUCUUCCCUCCAUACCUCCGAGGAGGCGGCCAUCUGAAAGAGCUUCAGAAGAGAGCUGCCUUGGUAAGCCUGGAAAAUGUGAAAUGCAGAGAGGGGAACAGACACAAGAAGAACGGGCUGUUCGUACAGAGAGCAAUGAUCCUCAGUGCAAAAGGGCAGUAAAAAUGCCCGUUGCGGUUACUGAGAGAGCCACAUCAGAGUGCCAGGAAGCAAAGCCCAAAGCUGCAGAAAAAGAGAACUUGACUGAGCUACAGAGGAAGCCCAUGGCAAUCGUAAAGGUGCCCCCUGUCCCACCACCAAGAAAGAAGAGGAUUUCUCGGCUGCUGACUGCUUCCAGCUCCUGCAACUCAAAACAAGUAAACAUUGCAGAACCAGACACACACAAUGCACAGUCUUCAGCCAAGGAUAGCCCACAGCCAGGAGGUGAUGCCACCUGCCAACACGCUCAGGAUGAAUCAGAUGCUAGCUGUAAAUCUGUUAGCUCAUCUGAACUUAAAGGUUCUCAUACCUCACUGGACUGUCCAGGAAGUAAUGCAGUGGCUCAGACUUCUGCUUCUGAGCCUGAUUCUUACUCCACAAGCAGCACGGAGGAUGACCUAGAGCAACUGAGCAGCUCUUCCAUUAAAAAGACACAUUCUGUAAUCUUGGGCAAGGCCAAGCAAAGGCUUUCCUUUGUAAGCCUAACGAACGUCUUCACGGUCUUCUUAUCUGCUGACAGAAAGCUGCAGAAGAAGAUUGUAGAGCUGUCACAGGACAAGGACUCUUACUUUGGCAAUUUGGUGCAGGACUAUAAAGUGUACAGUUUAGAGAUGAUGGCAAAACAGAGUUCCAGCACAGAGAUGCUACAAGAAAUUCGAAUGAUGAUGACUCAGCUGAAGAGUUAUUUAAUACAAAGUACAGAGCUGAAAUCUCUCGUAGAUCCAUCUGUUUAUAAAGAAGAACAAUUAGAGGUGAUUGUUGAGUCAGCGUUGUACAAAUGUGUCCUGAAACCUUUAAAAGAUGCCAUCGAUUCCUACUUAAGGGAAAUCCACAACAAAGAUGGAUCCUUACAGCUGCUGAAAGAGAACCAGUUGGUCAUACAGAACACAACCACCACUGACCUGGGUGUCACCACCAGCGUGCCUGAAACUGUUGUGCUGGAAAAAAUCCUUCACAAGUUUACAACCAUGCACAAGUCCUACUCCCCAGAGAAGAAGAUUAGCAUCCUGCUGAAAUCCUGCAAACUCAUCUAUGACUCCAUGGCUCAGGGAAACCCAGGGAAGCCUUAUGGUGCAGAUGAUUUCCUCCCAGUGCUCAUGUACGUGUUGGCCCGCAGCAACCUGACUGAGGUGCUUCUGAAUGUGGAGUAUAUGAUGGAGCUCAUGGACCCUGCUCUGCAGCUGGGCGAGGGUUCCUAUUACUUAACUACCACCUACGGGGCUCUGGAGCACAUCAAGAACUAUGAUAAGAUAACAGUAACUCGGCAGCUGAGCAUGGAAGUGCAGGAUUCCAUUCACCGCUGGGAGAGGCGGCGAACGCUCAACAAGGCCCGGGCGUCCCGCUCGUCUGUGCAGGAUUUCAUCUCCAUCUCUUUUUUGGAGACUGAUGCCCAGACACGGACGAUGGCCUCGCGGAUAGACACGACAACUCAGCAGCUAGGCCAGCAAUGUGCUGAGAAGUUUGAGGUGUCGGAUCCCCAGAACUAUGGGCUCUUUGUUCAUGUUGAUGACAAGUGCCUGCAGCUUGCUGACGAUGCCCACCCCCAUCAUAUAAAAUCGUACCUGCUGAAGAGCGAACCCAAAAAAGAUUUCCAUUUUAUUUAUAAACUGCUGUGCAAGGAAGAGACACAGAUUUCAGUCAUCAAAGAGCCAGACUUUUUAUAAUGGCAGAACUGCUCUUAUAUUGUGUAUGCUGCAGUCUUUGAAAGACUGAGACACUUUAUCUUAUGAGAUCUUCUGACACCAGGAGCAUGCUGGAGCUCAGCCUUUUAGCAGUGCUGGACAGGGUAGUAGUUGUAGAUGCUGUCUCACUACUGCGCAUUUCUCAGCAGAAUUCAUUUGCAGAAGCAAACAGAGCAUUCAUAGGAAUGUUCCUAAUUUGGAAAACUUGAAGUAUUAAACCUCAAAACCUCUCUAUGGCAACAAACAAACUCAUAACGGAUGUGGACAAUGGAGCUUAAUCCAGUUGCUCCGGAGUUUUUACAGAGGAGUGAGUAUCUAUCCCAUUAUGUUAUAUAGAUGAAAGUCACCUAUGCAGAAGGCCUCUAAAGGGCAAAUGCACAACUUAAACCCUAUUUCUGAGGACUUAUAUGGUGUGAGUGCCUAGAGCUGGUGAGUGCACAGGGCUGAAUUUCACCCUGUUUGAAUAAAUUAUGAAUCAUGACUGAUCUGUUCAGCAGCAUAGAAUUGUAUCAUGCAGCAGAACUCCAUCUCUAUCCUGGUAUGUUAUAUUACACAUACUGACCUUUGAAAUACAUGUAAUAACAGAACAUGAAAUCCAAUACUGUAUGUGCGCUAAGACGCAUUUCUGUGUGGUAUACAUUUCACUUAAUUACGUAAUUUACGCACUUCCAUCAAUAUAUUUUUUUUCCUCUUAAAGACUGAAACUCCAUCUCCAUCAUUUUAGAUGUACAACAGCCUUAAUCAAAUCUGUUGUACAAAGUUCCUGCUCUACCUUGGUGGGUCUUGCGCUUAUUGGCGGAUUCGCUUGCCUUGGAGCUUCACGGCAGCCCUCAGCUUGACCGUUUUUCUGAAUUCACAGUCCAGGUCGACUCCUCCUGUGUCUGACCAGGAGUUGGGAGGUUUCGGGAGAACCCGGGCCCGCCCUCUACUCUGGGUUCCAGCCCAGGGCCCUAUGGAAUGCAGCUGUCUAGAGGGCCUCCUGGAACAGCUGUGCGACAGCUACAACUCCCUGGGCUACUUCCCCAUGGCCUCCUCCCAACACCUUCUUUAUCCUCACUAUAGGACCUUCCUCCUGGUGUCUGAUAAUGCUUGUACACCUCAGUCCUCCAACAGUCCGCGUUCUCACUCUCAGCUCCUAGUGCCUCUUGCUCCCAGCUCCUCACACGCACACCACAAACUGAAGUGAGCUCCUUUUUAAAACCCAGGUGCCCUGAUUAGCCUGCCUUAAUUGAUUCUAGCAGCUUCUUGAUUGGCUGCAGGUGUUCUAAUCAGCCUGUCUUAAUUAUCUCCAGAAGGUUCCUGAUUGUUCUGGAACCUUCCCUGUUACCUUACCCAGGGAAAAGGGACCUACUUAGCCUGGGGCUAAUAUAUCUGCCUUCUCUUAUUCUCCUGUAGCCAUCUGGCCCGACCCUGUCACACUGGUUACAUGUAUUUAUUUCCAUGUGUGAUCAUUUUAAAAUCACUUCCUAUUUGUGGAUAACUUGAUAGUAUAAAAACACUGAUGGAAAAGGCAACACUCAUUAUAAAAAACUCUCUGAUUUCAAAUAGAUCAAUGAAAGGACUCAAGGUCAGAGACUUUUUUUAAAAAAUACCACUUCCUUUUCAGCCAGUACUGGAUGCUUCUGUUAUUUUCUCAGAUGUUUUUGUAUCUUCAGGUUGUUACAUGAGUAAAUACAUGCUGUUGCAGACUGAACUUGCUGAAGUUCCUUUUGAUUUCUCCACUCCUAUUCUCCAGGGCUCAGAACCUGCCAAUGAAAUCUCACUACAGGCUUGAAUUUUCCGUAAAAUGUCCUGAUGCAAAAGCACACAAAACCUCAAGCCAGCUUUCUGCUUCUUGAGUGAAGAAUGGACAUAGGAGUCCUUGGUUUAAGCACAGAUAUUAAUCCAUCAUGGGACUGAUCCCACAGCCCUUACUCAGCCAAAGUUCCCACUCAUGUUAAUGUAUGUAAGGGACCCAGUUCUUCCCACGCAGGACAGGAGUAACUGUCAGUGUAGCGGGAAUAUCCUUCCCAAGGACCACAGGAACAGGCCAAGUUUGAUUGAUUUAUCCUUAGUAGGAAACACACAUUGUUAUGAUUAGAAAAGGGGGUUGUGUAAGUCUGUUCAUUCAGCACAACUUCUACAUCCAGCUAGCAUUAAGGAGGAAAUGGUCAGUGGUUUUUUUUGGCGGGGUGGGGGGACGAGGAGCCUGGAGCGCACAAGUCCCAUUACAUUUUUAUUACAUUACUUUUUAAAGGGUCCCAGCCUCAUUACUGAACAAGGAGUAUACAGUUGUUCUCUCUGGGGUUUGAAAUCCGUGUCCCUAUAUUCACUACUGCUGUAGUUUGGCAUUUAUUUUGGUGUGAGAAAUAAAUAUAUAUGGAUCCUUUGUACUGGUCACCAACCAAACGAGCAUAAAAAUUACAAAUUAUUACUGUGAGUCUGUUACCUUGUCAUGCAUUUAGUCUUGGGUCCAUGUGGCCAGGAGAAAGUGAUAUUACAUUUGGGAAAAGUAAAUAAAAUAUUGUGGCUUCAAAUAUA